AUGUUUUUUCUUCCGCCUGAAGUUCAAUUGGAUGUGUUCAAAUAUCUUAAUUUCAACCAAUUAUUCUCUGUUAAACAAACAAAUUUUUAUUUUCGAAAUUUAGUUAAUAAAUAUGAGGGGGAAUUGGCUAGGAAGGAAUUUUUUGAACUCUCAAUAAUAGGUGAAAGUGAAAAGUCUCGUUCAUAUACUCAAAUUGAAAAUAAAUUGGGAGAUUUUGAAUUUACUUUAAAUAAUCAACUUAGAAAGAAGUGGCAAAAAGCGAUAGACAAAGCAGUUCCUUUGUUUUUAUGUAAAUCUAGCAGCAGUUUACUUCUUUAUAUGAAAACAUUUGUUGACGGAGGUUCUCGUUGUUAUAUUUUAAAAUUGCCAAUAAUUCCAAAAACUAUUGAGGAAAUGAUUAUUAUUCGUUGCUGUUUAGAACAACUAUUUAAUUGUGCUUUUAAAUAUGCUUAUUUUUAUUGUUUAUUUAAUCCACAAAUUAUCAAUAUUUUAUUUGACAACGUCCAAACAAUUCCUUCUCUUCAAUUUCACGUUCAAAAAUCAUAUUUAUUUGCUACAAGCAAAACAAUUGAAAAUAUUUUGGAAUUUUCUACAAAUCAUUUAUCAGUCUCAGAACUACUUAAUAUCGAUUUUACAAAUGUUAACAUUACAAGGAAAUAUACAAAUAUUUUAUUCAAUAUUCUAAUAAACGAAGGAAAUAAAUUCCCAAAAAUUUGUUUGACAAGUUACAAGUUAAAAAAGCUUUAUGAAAUGAUUAUGGAGGUAAGGUUAAAAACAAUGCUGAGUAUUGGGCAUUUGUUGGCUCCGGCUCCGGGCUUUUAA